AUGGACAAACUUGCCUUACUUGGAUUCAAGUCCCAAAUAACUGAUGAUCUAUCAGGAGUUUCAUCUCUUGGCCAUUUGAAUCUCAAAGGGCUGAGGCUGGCAGGUAGGAUCUCAGGUCAUCUUGGAAACCUUUCUUUGCAGAAAAUGCCUUCCUCAACAACUAAGCAGGCUGUCAAGGCUUCAAACCAGAAUUUGAGUUCUAUUGGAAAUCUUACAUCUUUCGAGGAUUUAUCGUACAACAAUCUAGAGGGAAAAGUGCCAGCUUUUUUAGCUCGAUUGACCAAGUUGAGGCUUCUUGGAUUUUGUGGGAGGAUUGUCAAGUUCAGGAGACUAAAGGAUCCAUCCGGCAUCCACACUAAUGUGACUAAAGAAGACCAAGAAAGGGAAUUUUAUUCAGCUGCAUCUGCUGCUUUUCUUGGCAAUGAAACUGAUAAACUUGACUUACUUGGAUUCAAGUCCCAAAUAACUGAGGAUCUAUUCAGAGUUUUUGUCUCUUGGAAUUAUUCUAUUCAUUUCUGUCAGUGUACUGAGACACGAAAGAGUCAUUCGUUUGAAUCUCAAAGGGCAGAGGCUGGCAGCCUAACAGGAACUAUACCACAACAACUUUUUGCUCUCUCAUCCCUCACAUAUAUAUAUGCAUCUUAUAACUCUUUGACUGGUACAUCACCAGUAUAUAUUGGUAACUGGGGUCAUCUUACUUAUCUUUAUUUUUCUCAUAACAAUAUAUCGGCGAAGAUUCCACAAACUCUUGGAAAAUGCCUGGCUUUGGGGGAGAUCUAUUUGAAGGGAAACUACCUUCAAGCGACCAUUCCCAAUUUAAAAGAUCUGCCGGAUCUCCAAUCCGUGGAUCUUUCCCAACAUAAACUAUCAGGGCCAAUUCCUCACUUCAUUGCAAGUCUUACUUCCUUACUCUUCUUGAACUUAUCUGUCAACAAUCUAGAUGGUGAGGUUCUUGUCACCGGAGUAUUUUCAAAUUUGAGUGCAGAUGGUUUAAACCGGAACUCCUAG